UUGGCAUGUCGAACCCGGUCGGAAACGUUGAACCGGUGAGGAUCCACCGACUCCGGAAUGACCGCGUUGUGCCGCCCGCGGAAGAUGAAAGGAGAUGAGAUCGGAAUGACUACGAUAUUCGCUGCAGAUUUCGAAUUCUGCGCUUCGAGGCUUGCGGCUGCGGUCGCGAUCGGGAUCGCGAUCGCAUGAUGCGUGUUUGAUCGUCUCGUCAUUGGAUCGGAGAAGAAAAGAACGUGGUGCGGGCUGCAACGGCAAUGGCGACGAAUCCUUCUCUUCUGCCCGAGAUCGGACCCGAUGGCCUCGCCAGGGAAGCUCCCGUCAUCGCCUACACCGAAAAGAUAAUCGCGGAAGAGCAGCUUCAAUUGAAGAAAUACAUAGAAGAAAACUACUCUAAGAUUCGCGAUGUCGAGCGGGAACUGGGGAAUCUGUCAAUGGAAAUGAAGCUCACCGCUGGACCCAAAAAAGCAGCGCUUGAACUUCUGAGAAAGAAAAUUGAAGCGUCCACAGAGAAAAUUCGACUUGCGAAGCUGAAGGAAGAAGAAGCACGCAAGGUAUGGGAAGCGGCAUCCAAGGCUCUGAAGGACGAGGAAGCAAUGAAGCAGAAGCUAUGUGAUGACUUAUCCAAUCUGGUCCAAGAAAGCAGCACCUCUCAGUUUAAUAGACUGGAGGAACUGAAGAGACGACUUGAAGCUCUGAACCCAAGCAGGACGUCAGUAUCUAGUCCUCAGGCUGCUGCUCCGGCUCCCUCAGUUCCUCACGCAUCAGGAGCAGGUCAAGCAGUUGACAACUCAACCCACCGAGAAAAUAACGGGAACGGGCCGAGCCAACAGCCGUCUGCUGAUGGAGAAGAAAGAGGGAGAAAGAAGGUUCAGUUUCAUGGAAGAGGGAAGGGAAUUGGGGCUGUUCCCAAGGGCAGAGGGCCUCCCGGUCCUGGUUGGACGGGGGCGGGCUUCGAUGUGGAUGGUAGAACUUGACAAAUGCCAGGUUUGACUUUGUUAAUUCUUUUUUGUUGCUCAGAAGAUUUGGUUGCAACAUUUACCAUCCGAGCAUUCUCAGUUGGUAUUGUACCGCCACACUUUUGUAUUUCCAGGUGUAUGUUCAGUCACUGAGUUAAAACUCUCUUUGAUAUUUGUUUA